GCUUCUUUCCCGGCGAACGAUCAUGAGCAUCGAGGGUAAGAUCGCGAUUGUCACCGGUGGAGCGAAUGGAAUCGGUUUCUGCACCGCUAAGAAGCUUCUUGAAAAUGAAGCGAAGGCAGUGGCUGUGCUGGACUUAGCUGAUUCCGGUGGCGAGAGUGCGGUCGCGGAUUUGAAUAACGAGUUUGGAAAGGAUCGCGCCAUUUUUCUUGUCUGCGAUGUGUCCAAGAGCGAAGAACUUAAAGAGUCGUUCAAAAAAGUUAUCGAUACAUACGAGACUUUGGAUAUUGUCAUAAAUAUCGCCGGCAUUAUGGACGACGCGGACUGGGAAAUUAUGGUUGACGUUAAUUACAAAGGUAUCGUUCACGGUACCAUUUUGGGGUUGCACACCAUGGGAAAGUAUAAAGGUGGCAACGGCGGUGUUAUAGUGAACAUGUCUUCGGUGGCUGGCCUCGAAGGAAUCCCCAUAGCACCUAUCUAUGGGGGAACGCAGUACGCCAUUGUUGGAUUUACUCAAUCGUUAAAGCAUUAUUUUGAGAAAACUGGGAUUCGUAUGAUGACGAUAUGUCCUGGAUUAACGACCACAGCUAUGGCUACCAGAUUCAUGUCCACCAAAGAGCACGCCAUGGAUCUUCUCGAUGAAGAAACUGCAGCCUUGGCGAUGACGACCAUGCAGAAACAACCACCGGAACACGUGGCCAGCGCAAUUAUCCAAUUAAUCGACGAGGGGAAGAACGGCACGAUUUUCGUCAGCGAAAAUAAUCAACCCCCGUACGCAGUUGAAAUUCCUAGUUACACCAACCUGAAGAUCCCGAUCUACCAAGUAACAACUCAUUCUUUGGCCAAGAACGACACUAUUCGCAUCGUUCGUCUGGAGACAAUUGGCAAGAUACACCAAACCAUGGACAACAUUAAGAACAAGACUGCUUUGGUCACCGGUGGAGCCAGUGGACUUGGGUUAGAUUAUGCCACGAAAUUAUUGCAAAAUGGAGCAAAGGCUGUCGCUCUCCUCGAUCUGAGCACUUCCCCUGGACAAACGUCGGCAACCAAUUUGGAAAAGGAGUUUGGAAAGGGAAAAGCCGUGUUCUUCCCUUGCGACGUGACUAACACCAAGGAAUUCUCAGAGACGUUCAAGAAGGUCUGGAACGCCUUGAACGGUCUGGACAUUGUUAUCAACAAUGCUGGUAUGUUCGACGACAGACAAUGGGAGAAAACGAUCCGCCUAAAUGUCACCGGAGUGGUGCAAGGAUCGUUGCUCGCUCUGGAACUCAUGGGCAAGCACAAAGGUGGCCGAGGUGGUACCAUAGUAAAUAUCUCGUCAAUUGUUGGUCUGCAACCCUACAAAUGUUGCCCGGUGUACUGUGCCAGUAAACACAACGUUAUGGCAUUCAGCCAUUGCCUGCAGGAGAGCUUCGACAUAACUGGAGUUCGCAUUCUUGUGAUGUGCCCUGGUGUCACUUCGACAGGUCUGCUUGACUCCAUCCAAGAGAAAGUGCUGGAUUUCAUCGACAAAGAGGAAACGGUAGCAAUGCUGAGCAAACUGCCUUCGCAAUCAACGGACAACGUUGCACAGGCUAUGGUGAGUCUCAUCCAGAAGGGCAUGAACGGAUCUGUCUGGGUCAGCGAGGGCGGCGAACCACCAUUCGCUGUUGAGUUCCCUCUGUGGAAGAAAGUCGAGCUCAACUUGUGAAUUU